CAGAUUUGUGGAUUCAGCUUAGGUUCGAUGAUGUUUUCUUCCCAUUCUUUUCUUGUUUGCAGAUGCCUAAUUCGCACAAACCUCAUUUCUUGAAGCCUCUGCUUCCCGAUUUCCACAGUGGCGUGACAAUACCACUUGGCUUCUUCUCACAGCACAUAGAAGGGAAGACAAACCGGAAAACAUGGAAACUAAGAUCGGACGCUACAGAUCAAACUUGGGAAGUGAUACAAGAAGGCAGGAGACUCACCGGAGGUUGGAAAGAUUUCACCACAGCACAUGACCUUCAAAUCGGUGACAUUGUCAUCUUCAAACACGAAGGAGAUAUGGUGUUUCAUGUCACACCAUUUGGUCCUAGCUGUUGUGAGAUUCAGUAUACACAUCCUCACAUCAUCAAGGAAGAAGCCGAUGCGGAUGAUGCUCCUUCUUUCUCAUUUGACUAUUGUUUUCAGGCUGAGGUCACUGCUUCGAAUCUAAAAGAAGACAAACUUUAUCUUCCUGAGGGAGCUACGACUUGUACUGCUUUGAACAAACAAUGCCAAGAGAUAAUACUUGUCAACAAAGAGGGAAAUUCAUGGACUGUGAGUUUGCGAUUUAGCGAAGCAGACGGCAUGUAUUACAUCAGAAGAGGCUGGAGAAAGUUCUGUCGUGCUAACAGAUGCGCCAUAGGAGACUUAUUUGUGUUCAAUGUGGUUGGAGAUGGGAAAACUACUCCACUAAUGUGUGUAUGUCCGGAAAGGGAAGAGUGAUUUUGAACCUAAACUUAUGUAUGUCGAACCAGAAAUUUAUGUAUGUCUCUUUUUAUGGCUG